UUAGGUUUCUCUCUGAUCCCGUCAUGGCUGGAAGUUAUAAAAACUUUAUGAAACUUUUGGAAUCGUGGCCGUUGGAUAAGAGCAAAGUUGGCAGCGACUUGGGACAGCACAUUCGUGACCAAUUGAGAGUUGCGUUUUCAAAGGGUGACGCUGCUUAUCAACCGAAUCCCGAACAGUGUAAUCGAUAUUAUUCAAGCUUAAAAAGGAUUUCAUCGAAUUAUUAUGGACAACUUUAUAAACGCUCUUUGUUAAGUACUGCAAGUGGAUUAAACAGGGAGAUCUGUAAUUUGGCGUUAACUCCAGAAGUACGAAAGUCUUUGAUAGAAGAAGAUAAGGGAAUAUUUAGGAGGAUUUAUUGGUCAAUAAAAAAUAGAAGAAAUGAUGACGUUUAAGUUUGCAUACUUUGCAAAUAAAUUUGGUAGGAAUAGGCAUUUUAUCGGUAGAAUACAUGCAUUGUUAACAAAAAGUAAUUUGCUAUGUUUAAUUAAUGUGAGGCAAUAUAGUCUUAAGUAUGAUGUCUGCUCUAACAAAGAUCUUCAUGUACCUGUUAUGGUACAAGAAGUAUUGACUUACAUGGUUCCAUCGCCAGGCAAAGUAUAUAUAGAUAUGACAUUUGGUGCUGGUGGACAUGCCAUCAAAUUAUUAGAACAUUCACCUGAUAUAAAAAUAUUUGCGUUAGAUAGAGAUCCUUUAUCAUACGAAUAUGCAAAACACUUAUCACAGAAAUAUCCAGGACAAAUAAUUCCUUUGUUGGGUAAAUUUUCUGAAUUACCGCAACUACUUAAACCACACAAUGUUAAAGAAAAUAGUAUAGAUGGUAUUUUGUUCGAUUUUGGUUGUUCAUCAAUGCAAUUUGAUACAGCAAAUAGAGGUUUUUCUUUAUCAAAAGAUGGUCCAUUAGAUAUGAGAAUGGACGGACUUCGAUGUCCAUCACAAGUUACUGCUGCAGAUGUGUUGGAAAAAGCAACAGAAGAAGAUUUAGCUCGUAUCAUAAAAAUUUAUGGACAAGAAAAACGAGCUAAAAAAAUUGCACAUGCUAUUAUUGAUGCUAGAUACAUGUUUAGAAAAUUAGAGACGACAAAAGAAUUAGCUCAGCUAAUCGAAUCCACUUUAGAUGGUGAAAUCAGAAAAGAUAGCCUUGGCAGAUUUUCACACAGUGCUACAAAAACAUUUCAAGCACUUAGGAUUUUUGUCAAUAAUGAAUUAAAUGAAAUCAAUUACGGUAUACUUCUUGCACAAGUAUAUUUGAAAUUAUCCGGUCUUUUAAUAACGAUCUCAUUUCACUCGCUCGAAGAUACUAUAGUCAAAAGACAUAUUUCUGGAAACAUAACUGAUAAUGUAGCUAAUGCCGUGGCAUUAAAAUAUGCGAAUUACGGUAAAACAUUUGAUAAGGACGAAUUUGAAAGAUUGACACAAAUACCAUGGAAAAUGAUGCACAAGCAUGUUUUGACACCUACUGCUGAAGAAAUUAAAACAAAUCCGAGAUCGCGAUCCGCAAAAUUGCGCGCUAUUAUGAAGGUGAAAUAAAUAUGUAUAAACACAGUGUAUUAAAACUUGUAAUAAU